AUGCAAAUUAUUUCAUUUUUUAAUAAAAUAAUAAAAAGAAAUACAUUUAAAAAUAUUUACACAACAAGGAGUAGAAAUUUUUCUACGCCGUCAAAUUUUCUUGUAUUUAAUAGAGAAACAAAAAGAAUUCAAAAAAAUCGUGCGGCAAUAGAUGUUGAAAGUAGUAGGCAAGUUGAUUAUUUAAAAGAUGAAAUUGCCAGUAGACUUGUUGAUCGAUUAUUGGAUAUUAAACGUAAAUUUGAUACGGUAGUGGAUUUAGGUAGUGGAAGUGGACAUAUAAUAAAAUAUGUCGAUAAAGAUUUAAUGAAUAAGUUAAUUAUGUGUGACACAUCAGAAAAAAUGUUGGAAAGAGAUAAAGAUAUUAAAUAUGACGAUGUUGAAGUAGAAAGAAUUAUAGUUGACGAAGAAAUUUUACCAUUUGAAGAAGAUACUUUGGAAGCUGUUAUAAGUAAUCUUUCAUUACAUUGGGUUAAUGAUUUACCUGGUGCAAUGAUACAGAUACGUAGAUCAUUAAAACCUGAUGGUGUAUUUAUAGCAUCAAUACUUGGUGAAUUAGAACGAGAAGGAGGUGUAUCACCAAGAGUAUCACCUAUGACAAAUAUUAGUGAUGUUGGAAGUCUUCUUUCACGUGCAGGGUUUACUUUGACUACAGUAGAUGUUGAUGAUCUUGUAGUAAAUUAUCCUACAAUGAUUGAAUUAAUCCAAGAUUUAAGAUCAAUGGGUGAAAAUAAUGCCAUUAUAACAAGAAGGCCAUAUUUAAAAAGAGAUACAUUGUUAGCUGCUUCUCUUAUUUAUAAAGACUUUUAUGGAAAUCAAGAUGGGACAAUUCCUGCUACUUUCCAGAUUGGAUGGAAGCCUGAUAUAAACCAACCUAAACCUAAAUCUAGAGGAUCAGCUCAAGUUUCACUGAAAGAAACGUUGAAAGGAGAAUAA